AUAAAGGUCGUCACAGGUGCAGAGAGACGCGCCCAACCUGCGCUUGUUCAGCCAGGCGAUCGCAAGUAGGUUACAGUUAUCCAGAGCAUCUGCGCUGCUAGGUACGCGACCCUGCCCUUCAUCAUCUACAAGGGACGCGUCCACAUCUCUGCCUAGUACAAGGAGGCUUCAAUACUGCACAAACAACACACUUAGUCUAGAGUAGUUAAAGCACUUUAACGCGCAUAUAAAGACGCGCCAGGUAGGGGGGUACUAGCUGCUUAUUUUAGAUGGCUAUAAGAGCUACCUUAACUAGCAUUUUAAGGACUACUGCCUUGAACACAAGAUCCUAACCCUCUGUAUGCCCCCCCAUUCAUUGCACAUCCUCCAGCUGCUUGAUGUGGUCUGCUUCUCGCUGCUAAAGCGCAGGUACUCCCAGCGUGUUAGAGACUUGGCACGCCAACGCGUCUUCUAUAUUAACAAAGAAGGCUUCCUCCCUGCCUUUAAGGACGCAUUUUUUAAUAU